AUGUCGUCGUCGUCACCGUCAUCGCAGAAAAUCAACCUGCCAGCAAUCUCUUCAAAAGAUAUGGCUGCGGGGCUGGCAGUCUCUGCAACUCAAAACUCAGCUGCUGCGGGGUCAUCAUCUCAACAAACCCCCCCACGGACUAUAACCAAUAUCAACAAUAUCAACAAUAACAAUCUUAAACAACAAGAUCAAACCACCGGAUCACUCGAUAAGAAUCGCGUAGUUCCCUUUGAAUCCACAGUCUCUGGAGCAGUUGCAGGACUUGUAUCAAGACUCCAAUUAGAAGUCAAUUCAAAUUCUCCUACACAUGGCACUGGGCGUCGGAUAUUUAAUAAGCUCAAAUCAAUUGCUUAUCAAGAAGGAUUCACUGCACUAUUUAAAGGCAACGUUCCUGCAGAAAUAUUAUACAUUGCUUACGGAGCAGCACAAUUCACCACGUACCGAUGGACCUCUAAUAUGCUAGCAACAGCCCUCCCAAAUACAUCCGACUCUGCAAAAUCAUUUGCAUCCGGCGCAACUUCAGCCUGUGUUGCGACUACUCUUACAUACCCCUUUGAUCUCCUGAGGACCCGCUUCGCUGUUCAAGCUACCCCGGGGAAUCCUAAAGUAUAUACCUCGUUAUACCAAGCCAUACGGCAGAUCUACCAUCUUGAAGGUGUUUCUGGAUUUUAUCGUGGCGUUGCACCCGCCGUGCUUACCAUGGUCCCUUAUAUGGGACUUUUUUUCAUGUCAUACGAAAAACUUAGUCAAGGAUUAAUUUAUAUUCUUCCAUCCACCCAAUCUCUCAGCAAUAUAGACAAGACCAAUAAUAAUACCACUACUACUACUACUACUACUGCAUCUAUACCGAAAUUCACCAUAACCUCUCUUAAAACUCUGGUCGCAAACUCUCACGAAGCAAUUGCAGGCCUGCUGGCAGGAAUCUUUGCCAAAACUGCUUUAUUCCCCUUUGACGUGGUUCGCAAACGGUUACAAGUCCAAGGCCCUACACGUGAAAAGUACCUCUCAGGGACAAUCCCAAAGUACCCCCGUAAUCCAUUCGUUACGGCAAUCAUGAUUCUACGGCAAGAGGGAGUUUUUGGAUUAUACAAGGGCUUGUUUGUGUCCAUCAUAAAAAGUGCUCCUGCAAGCGCUGUCACCAUGUGGACCUAUGAGCAUACUCUGGAAUAUAUGCGCAAAUUAAAACAGGACGGGUAUAUUACCUACUGA